CUCCUUCCAGCCCCGCGUCCUCGCGUGGGCGCGCGGGCCGCAUCCCCUCGCACGGCCCAGCUCGGCGGCAGCCCAGCCCAGCCGGCCAGGCUGGCCGAGGACGAGGCCAUCAUUAUGAGCAGCAGCGGCGGCCGCUUUCCUCCACACACACACACACACCAUUAUUUUCCUCUCCCUCCUCCUGACCACCCACCCACCCACCAGCCACCAAGGCGGCCGAUCUCCCCUCACCGCCACCGCUACCGCCGACGCCGCAGCUCCGGCAGCCGUUCGUCUCGAGGAACUAAAAACAGCUGCAUGGCGGGGGUCCAGGAACGGCAAUACGAAGAGUUCUUUGGUGGGUUUUACUUCGAUGAAGAUGCGUUAAGCAAGGAUAUAUCACUGGAUGGGCUGGACAAGGAACUUGAGGAGCACAAGAACUAUGAUGUGCUAAUAAGUAUUCUAACCAACGGUGAAAAACAGCGUGACAUGGCAACCAUGGUGGAAGGCAACCUAGGCCAUAUUGAACAGGAUCUGAUUCAAGAUUAUAUAAAAGAUAAUGACAGCCUAGUUCUGUUGCAUGAUCAGAUUCAUGACUGUGACAUUGUUUUAUCUCAAAUAGGAUCACUUCUUAGUGGAUUUCAGGUUCACAUUGGUUCUUUAAGCUCGGAACUUAGAAGUCUCCACGAGAAAUCCUUGGACUUGGGUGUGAGGCUGAAGAACCGGAAGUUGGCUGAGACAAAGCUUGCAGCAUUUGUCGAAGAAAUUGUCGCUCCUCCUGGUUUGGUGAAUGCUAUAAUUGAUGGAGAGGUAAAUGAUGAUUAUAUCAAAAGUCUAAACAUGUUGAGCAAAAAGUUAAGAUUUGCUCAAGUUGAUCCAUUGCUUAAUGCAUCAAAAGCUCUGAAAGAUAUUAAGCAAGAACUGGAAAGGCUUCGGAAAAAGGCACUAUCAAAGGUGUCCGCCUAUGUCAUUGGGAUAUUCUCUUCCAUGAGAAAGCCUGGAACUAAUAUCCAGAUACUUCAACAAAAUUUGCUUCAGAAGUAUAGGCAUCUUGUUCUCUUUCUUAAAGAGCAUGGAAUCGAGAAAUAUAAUGAUGUCUGUGCAGCAUAUGUUGAUAAAAUGAACAAGGUGCUGAGUGAAGAUUUUCGUGUGUACCUAGAAGCAUUGGAGAGUUUGAAGCUAGAUAUUGGUGUAUCCACUGAUGUGAUUGGAUAUGACGCCAAUGUCGUAGACCUUAUACCAAGGGGGAGAGAGCAACUGAGAAAUCAUCGUUUCAUGUUUUCUUUAGGUGAACGAUCAAACAUUUUGAAGGAGAUUGAUCAGCCUGGCUUGGUACCUUGUAUAUCUGAAGCUAAUUCCUUGAAAUACCCAUAUGAAGUUAUUUUUAGGAGCCUACAAAAGCUUCUGAUGGACACUGCUAGCUCUGAGUAUAUUUUUAUCAAAGCAUUCUUUCGCGAUGAGUCGAUGUUUUAUCGAGUUUUUGAAGAUCACCUGAUUGGGCAGUCAAUUUAUGGUUUUGAUCAAUUGUGGUUGAAGCAGCUCGACAACCCAACAUGCCAACAUCACAGAGGAGGCCCAGGACCUGUUGCAGUAAUUGAUGAAAACAUGAAGCUUACUCUUGCAAAUAGUCAUGAUGCAAUAUGCCUGAUGCUCAUGAUCUGCAUAACUAAAAAGCACCAGCUGGUUAUGUCCAACAGGCGGCUUCCUUGUCUAGAUACAUAUUUGGAUAAGGCUCUGAUCUAUCUCUGGCCACGUUUCAAGACAGUGUUUGACAUGUAUAUUCAAAGCUUGUACCAAUGUGAUGCGAAAAUGUUAUGGGUGGAUGGGACCCAUCCACACCACAUUGUAAGGUGCUACAUGGAGUUCACAGCAUCUCUUAUUCAACUUAAUGCUGAAUGUGGAGAUGGUCAGCUUGAUAUGAGCUUGAAAAGGUUGCGGUUAGCUGUUGAUGAUCUACUUGUUAGAUUUGCCGAAAAGUUUGCAACUCAGAAACUGAAACACCUGUUUCUUUUGAAUAAUUGUGACAUGGCCAUCUCUAUCCUGAAGGUUAGGAAGCUGGUGAAGAAGCAAAAGAACUGCGAAGAUAUUUUGAAGAGAAGCUGGAAAGUAACCUGGUGUCAUUUGUGGAUGAAUUGCUCAUGGAGUAUUUUGGUGAUUUAAUUAAAUUUGUGAAGAACCACAUUUCCGAAGACCUAAUUUCUUACACUGAGUGCCCAAACAUUGCUGAUGUUGAGCCGGUUGUGAAGAACUUCGCCGUGAAGUGGAGAACUGCUCUAGAGCUCAUGCACAAUGAAGUUGUAACUUGUUGCAGUAACUUUGUGUCUGGUAUGGCGAUUCUAAAAGCAGCAAUGGCUCAGUUGCUUAAUGACUACAACAGACUCUCAGAAUGUGUGAAGAUGAUCCCAGGUGGAUCUUCUUUGAACAGGAAUCUGGUUUCUAUCACCUCGAUUUCAUACGAAAUCAGGAAAUAUUCAAGAACACUCUAGUUACUUGAAUAGCAUGGCAGCCACGAACGUAUCCUACGCCUCUGUGUAAUUGAGGCUCAAAUAAAUGAUUGCGGAUGGACUCUCAGGAUCAAAGCUGGAGAGGAACUUGUGCUCUGUCAAGCAAUAAAGAGCUGAAAAAUACAUCAGUGUUGAUAUUUUUUAAUCCCUGUACCAAAUAAUGUCACUUGUAGUUGGAUUUCAACAUUAGGCAAUAGUGCAAAUUAGGAUAUUAUUUAUUUUUUCUUAUAGCUUAUUUUAUUGGAUAUACUAUCGCUGAAAGUUGUGGACAAAAUGAUACUCGUCAAUUAUGUCCUAGUCACAGUUUAUUCCUGAA